AUGCUUCCGCAUCGCUAUCCGAUGCUGCUGGUCGACCGCGUGCUGGAGAUCGAAUCCCGCCAGCGAAUCGUCGCGAUCAAGAACGUGACCAUGAACGAGCAGGUGUUGCAGGGGCACUUCCCAGAUUUUCCGCUGGUGCCGGGUGUGUUGCUGGUCGAAGGCAUGGCGCAAGCGGCCGGAAUUCUGCUGCUGUGCGACAAGCCGGAAGAAGAGCGUCUGCGCAAGGUGCUACUUUUCACCGCCAUCGACAAGGCCCGGUUUCGCCGGCCAGUGGUUCCUGGCGAUCAGGUGCGCUACGAGAUCGAAGUGCAGCGGUUGCGGUCGAACUACAGCAAGGUCGAGGCCCGAGCGAUGGUCGAAGAUCAGGUCGCCGCGGAAGCCACCCUGUCGUCGACCAUGAUGGAUCGUUGA